GCUAACACAUUAAUGCAAAAUUGAAUUUGCUCGCGCUUAUGUACUUGACUUUUCAACUUUUUUAUCCACACUUUUCUCUUGCACCACUCAAUCAAUUCAACCGGAUGACACAGUUGACUAUUUUUGCUUUAGCGUGAAAUUUACUCGCUUGCGCAACAUUGUUAGGUUAGGCGCGAAGCGCCUAAUCAAACAGACCUAGUAUUAUAAAUGCAUUAGGUAUAGUAACAUAUAUGGAUUACUAAUUUAAAAAGAUGAGCAAGGCAUACACCACCUCCUCCCACUAAGUACUUUCCAUAACCCCCACUUACAAGUUGUUGGUGGUAUCCAACCAACGGUGCAGCCUCGUAGAAUCUACCGCCAUAAAAUAGUUAGUUUCAAAAUCUCCGGUCCAGAACUCCAUAGACAUACGUGCUGGAAGGACAGCAAAAUUCGAAGAGAUGGUAAAACUAUUUGAGCGCAACAGAGUGGUAAACUCAACGUCUAGAUAUGAGAGGACUAGAAUGUGGUACCGAAAUUGUUCAAGUUUGUCUUAUAAUCUGAUCUACUAUCGCAAUACCGAUCGUCCGAAUUUCUUCUCAAUCUGAAGUUUGGGUUCCCGAGACAUCCACACAUCUCGAUAAUGUCCGUAGAUCUUAGCAGCCAGUCCAUUGCAUGAAUAUGGUCGAGAACCCAAAUGUGAAGGCUCCAUAAGCGUCAAUGGUGGGGUCAGGUGGAAUGAGGGGAGUAAUAUACAUUUUUCACCUUUGUGUCGUUUCACACAACUCUCAAGUUCUGUCAUGCGGCAAUUCUGCUAACCGGCUUUGAAGUAAACAACACAAUCUGUUGAUUCUUCGUAAAAGUGCAAAUUCGAUCACUUUCGACGAGACUAAGUGAUUGACGCUGGUCCAGAACGCAGUGGUGUACAACGGCAACUUUACAUGAGCUUUUGUUAGAAAAUUGUGAUAUACAUAUCCAGCAUCAUCAUAGUUUUUUUAAGAAAUCAUUUCUUAUUGUUUGUACGACCUGAAGUUGUUUACGGACGUAUGGAUCUUAAUGGUACAUCAAUUCCUGGGACCAGUAGAGGUUCAUCAUUUGAACCAUCCAGAAAACUGCAAAAGAUGAAAAGAACCUUAAAUCAACAUGAUUCAACAAAAAUGUUGGAUGAAAAUUCAGAUUUAGAUUCAGAUUUAGAAGGUGAACAUCAUGGUGAUGAUGAUGACAACGAUUAUACCUUUGAAACUGUUGAUGAAAAGCCUAUGUUGAAAUGUCCUACCCUUUUUACAUUUUUAUGUGUACCUGAAAUGACCAAUCCAAAUUUGAAUCCUGAGUCUGCUGGCAGUGAACCUGAUACAGAUCCAUUAACAGCAACCUCUUCUGAUUAUAAUGAUAAUCCUUCAUUAAGUACUAAUAUACACUUUGAUGAAGCAUUAAAAGUAAGACCUAAUGCUAAUACUCCCAUUGAUUAUUUUUCUUUGUUAUUUACGCGAGAUUUGUUGCAAGAAAUAGUAUAUGAAACAAACAGAUUUGCUUAUCUUCCAUCUUCUCAAAUUUCAAAUUGGAAGAAGCUUACUGUAGAUGAGUUAAGAGUUUUUUUUGGUUUAUUCUUUCACACUGGUGUUGUAAAGAUAUUACAGAUACGAUACUAUUGGGACAAAAGUGAACUGUUUAAUUUUCCAUUCUUCUCAAGUAGAAUGUCCAGGAACAGAUAUAUGGCUAUACUCCAAUGUCUCCACUUUGCUCAAGAUCCUACAGAACGGGAAACAGCACCUAGGGAUCCGUUUUAUAAAGUUCGUUCUAUAGUGGACCAUUUCCAGAAUAGGAUGAUGGAAGUGUAUAAGUCAGAAAGAAGGAUUAAUCCGUAUGAGCCACUGGCGUCGUGGAAUGGUCGUAUUUUUUAUAGAUCUUAUGUUAUAAACAAAACUCAGAAGCGCAAUGUAAAAAUGUAUAUAUUAGCCGAAAACGAUGGACUAGUCCAACGUUUGUUGCUUCAUCCUGGCACAGAAGGCAAAAGCCAAAGAGAUUCCAAUAGAGGUAUUCAUAUGUUGUUUGAAGGCUUGGAACAUUCAAAUCCUUCUUUUCUUGCGGAUGAUCUUUAUAAUGGAACAACUUUAAACUCUAGUAUGCUUCAAGAAUUUUCCAAGAAAGAUAGCCGUCUGCAUGUUGCUGUUUCCAAAACUACCACAAGUAAAGGUCUUGGGCAAGAAAAAUCAGAGGGGAUGCCUAAAUUAAAUAAGCAUGUAGGAGGCAUUGAUCAACUCUUAUCAUAUUACCUUACUACAAGGAGGUCAGUAAAGUGGUAUACAAAAUUGUGGUUUGAUAUUUUAGAAUUAAUGCUGCUGAACUCCUACUUGCUGUACAGGAGGUAUUCAGGGGACAAAGAAUAUUAUUUAUUUAGAUAUCGCUUAGAAGUAGUGAAGAGUUUAUCAGGUCCACCAUCAGGAAGACUUUCUGCCAAUCGUAUUCCCUCCACUUCCUCAUUCAUAAACUCAGUUCACUUCCCAGCAAUAUAUCCUGAAUGUCCUCUGAAGAAGAAAAGGCGUGCACAAAAAUUGUGUAGGUUAUGCUAUCAGAACAAAAUUAGAAAAUAUGUAUCAUCCUACUGUCCAGGCUGUGAAGGACAUCCAGGCCUUUGCAUUUCUUGUUUCAUUCAAUAUCACAAAGAAAAUGAGUUUAAAGUUAUUUGAUAUAAAAUUAUACUUUUGUUAGUAGAAAUAAAUUAUUUUAUUAUAAUCAAAGUAUUUUAUUUUAGAAACC